UAAGAAUUGUUGCUGUUAUGGGGUGGAGCCAGAGAUGCCGGCAGGAGCAGGGUGGCAAAUAGAACCAGAGAAAUUUUUGAGGAAUUACACUCCCAUAAGAUGUCCAGACACAACUUAUAUUCUGUACGAAAUGCAAUGGGGAAGAAGUUGCAAAAUGUGGAGGAACUGGUGUACCAACAGCCAUUCCCAACAUGCAGAAAUCAAUGCUUUGAAAGUGAAUGAGGAGAUACUGCGGCAGAGAACAAGAACAUGCCACAUCACUUGGUUUCUAAGUUGGAGCCCUUGUGGGUUAUGUAGCCGCUCCAUCAUUCAAUUCUUGAAGGAACAUCCUAAUGUGACGCUGGAGAUAAGGGUAGCUCAGUUGUUCAGACCUUAUGACUACCGCAACAGGAGUGGCCUUAGGGACCUAGUCAAUUUUGGAGUCCAAAUAUCCAUCAUGAGUCCAUUUGAUCAUUCAGAUCACCUCCACGCCACCACCGUUUCCACCAUCCCACAAUUCCUCACAAAACAGUUUGAACCCAACUCACAAUCAUCUUCACUUCUGCCAACCUGAAACCAUGGAGAAUGUGGUAGAAACACCAUCAGUCAAUCAGCGCUCAUUCUCCAGUUGGCUCACAGGAGAGUGCAAAAACAUAAUUUAAUCAUUGACCUUGUCCUCAUUGUCCUCAUCUUUUCUCUGUACAGAAAGGGGAGGAAAUGGGUAAUGACCUGUCACCGUCCAUGAUUUUCAGUACUUAUUUGCAUGCAUUUGUUAGGUAAUUUGCCAAAACACCUGAGGGAUUGCCAUGAUAGGAAGUUACAGGAGACAGCUAUGAACAAAAAUGUAAAUAAAAGCAUUGAAAAGUUGUUGCAUUAUAACACCCCAUCACAUGCUAGGCAUUUCUGU